CAUUAAUGAAUGUAUGGAUGAGUUGUUCACUAAAUAUCACACAUUUUGUGAUCCAAUGAUUGCAAUCCUAUAACACAUCCAAACCAUUCCUCAUGAGUGACACUCUGUGUCCGACGGACCACAUGAUGGUCAACACCGACGACAAGUUCAUUGUGGACAAUAUGCUUACCGACGAGGACUUGGACUUAGACUUAGAUCCGUGUCUAUGGAUGGAGAUGUUGUCCAACGACUCGUCCAGCAGUUCCGAUUCGAUGACACAACUCAUUGGCGACAGUUUGGCCGCCGAAGACAUGACGGCUGUGUCGCCGACGGCACUCAUACCACUGCAGACACCGGAAACGCCGCCCUCUUCUGACCGCUCGACUCCACCCAAUUUCGAUGACCUCUUGUACGCCACGAACGCCUCCGCCGGCGGUUACACACCGUAUGACAACCACCUCUUCAUCACAUCCAACGCCAAUCAAAUGCCGGCCCAAAACGUAACACUCAUACCAGCCAUCAAUUUGUGUCCAACACUGAGCCCAUUAUCACCAGUACUUCCGGCCACAGCGGCCUCCGCACCGAUGGUGGCCAUCAAAACAGAGACCAACGAAAUGAUUGUUAUAAACAAUCAGUUGAAUAACACACUUAUGAAAGCCAAUAGUGUUUCGCGCACUUCUUCGGUGACCAGUAAUUCGCGGCUCGAUUUGAGUCAACAAAGACGUGAAGCGCGUAAACUGCGGAACAGAGAAGCGGCCACAAUAUCCCGCAAACGCCAGAAAGAAUACGUCCAGUCGUUGGAAACGAGUAUCAAUGGUCUCAUCAAAGAAAACACUGAUCUCAAGAGUGAUAACGAAAGACUGCGACAACGAUUGGCAACAAUCGAAGAGAAAUAUCACUCAAUCACUAGAAAGGGCUAUAAUUACGGCCCAAUUGAGAGCACCUGUAAUAAGUGUCGGCAGUCGCUGUCGGCCACCGCUUUGAGUUCAAAUAAAAAGGCGACACUCAGUCUAUUGGCCGUCAUUUUCAUGUUAGGCCUUAAUUUGGCCCCUUUUGGAGGCAUUAGUAUCACUAGUGAUAAGACAUUGUCGGCCAUUGACACCAAUCCGAGGCUGGAGUCGGCGGUCAAACACGGACCGAGUCGUGCGCUUCUGUGGAACUCCAACGUUGACAACGAUCUGGCCAUCGAUAUCAUUGCGUUUAACUCUAGUGUCCGAAAUGGCAGUCUUUCGGACGUUAACUGUAAGUCUUAUAUCAACCAAACGGAGUCCAGAAGACUGGCCACUGAUUUGAGGUAUUGGGUGUCGAGAGUGGAGAUGGAAAAGGAAGAAGUGUUUAGAAGCAAACGACGAGUGAAAGCCAAUAGCAAUGAGAUUAAAAGUCGUUACGACAAACCCAUCCCUUUGUCGCGUCUGAAAGAGUGGAUCCAAAAGCGAACCGAAACUGAUUUCAACGACUUUUAUGACUAUUCGGCCGAUUCUUACAAUAAUAAGAAUCUAAAAGUACCGCACAUUGGCUUCGAAGACCUGUUGUCAGCCAUACCGCGUCGUUCGGACACAUUCUACUUGUUCUCGUACUCAUCCAAAGAUCACCUCAUAAUACCGCCGAUCGCUCACAACACCACAACCGCCGGUGAUAUUAGGCCACGAUUUUCUCUGUUAAUGCCAUUGAUAUCGACGUUGAAUGAGUCGACAAUUCGGGGCACAAAUAUAACAUACAAUCAAAUCUCAAUUAUGCAAAUCGAUUGUCACGUAAUCAACACUAAAAUGGUUUUAUUCAACAGUAAGAGCACAUCUUCGGGUGAUAGUAGACGUAGUAAUGGCGGUAUUGUUGGUGGCGGUGGUAAUGGUAGAGGACAGCCAUCGCUGGCCGUUAAGAAUGGCACCAAAUAUCGGCUCAACUCACGCAACAAGACAUCAUCGAUGGCUUCAAAGAGUAACUCUUCACUCAACUAAAGAGUGCAAUAAAAAUAAUUGCAAUUUGUUUUGGUCUCCAAUUUAUUAUAUAUAUAUAUUUCAUGAC